AUGUUCAUACGUUCAACACUGGGUGAUGAGAAUGCCGGGCAAAUAACAUCGAUCCACAGUCUUGUUCUCUGGCCUCUUUAUCCGGCUGCUUUUACGCUGCUUACCGAAAAAUUAGGUGGGAACUGCGAACCGGAUGCUGUAGACUUGGAUGUCGAUUUUACUGAACUGUUGGAACAAAAAUUCAAUUUUCCGAACACCAGCGCACCCAUAACAGCUCUACUUUACUUGUCCUUGUCGAAACACUUACUGGCGCCUGGUUCGUCGGCUUCUAGCAUUGAACUGAAACAUUGGUUCACCCGCGCUGCACCCGAGUUGACAGCUAGCAUUGUAGUGGAAGUUUUUAGCAUAGUGCGGCUGCUUGGAUACCCGCCGCACACUUUGGUGAACAAAUCCCUGGAUAGCCUUGUGCACCCGUCGGAUUCUCAAGCUUUAAAUCGGUGGUUGCUUGGCACUGGAAAUGAAGAUGCUGAUGCAAAUGAAAUUGUCUGUCGUUGGCGAUGCGCGAACUCCAGCUAUACAUGGUUGUCAAUCACGCGUCUUCGAGAUUCAACAGCAUCUACUCAAAAGGCUGAUGCGUCCGAGCAACGCUAUCAGCCAUCGACUCUUUCCAACACCAGUUCAUACCGACUGACCUGGUUGGCCGGCCCGCAAACCCUCAAGGGGUUCUACGAUCCAAUUUCCGUAACGCAUGCGACAUGUGGACUGCCAACGGAGACCCUUGCAGGAACCUGUCAAAACGAGGAAAACAGUGGAAACAACACCCACCAAAAGGAGAAUGCGAUGGAUGUGGAUCAGCAAUCGAACUUCAACAGUAAUCGCUGUUUUCCUCCCACUUCGGUUCAUCCUGAAAUCCCAAUGAUGAACAGUCAGACGCACUUGAGAACUUCCCGUGGAACUACUCAACAGGCUAAUGAGGAGUGUAUGUCUCUGCAAUUCUGUUUUAAAGAUUACCCGAAGCUGAUGCCCAAUAAUACCAAGAGGAACAAACCGUGGGACAUUCGGUGA